ACCAGAAGAAAACCCAGCUAACUUUUACGUGUCCAUAGAGCAGACAAAGUGAAGUUUCUUGUUUUAGCAUCACUAUCUGUUGAAACGGAGUUGCCUUCUUCCUUCCUUGUUUUUGUUGUACCUUUGGUUUCGUUUCAAUGGGAAAACCGUAAGACAAUGGAAUUCGACUAAUAUUCGCGACGCCGACGAGCAGAACUGAGCGCGGUGACUGUGGGAGUAGCCUAGGCUGCUUGGUUCUGUUUCGGUGGGUUUCUUUUUCAGUGGCUAUUUAAAUUAGCCUGACGCUGAACUCGGCUAAGGACCGCUUAGAGUAGUCCGCUGAAUAGUGGAUGGUGUGUUCCUGGUUAUCAAACUAACGUGUUAACACCAGAAUGAGUGAGCGGACUCCUCUCUUGCACUACCGGCUGUCCGGGAGCGUCAAUGACUCCGGCGAACAGCACUCGUGUCCAGUCGAGAACUCCGUGGAGCAAACCUCCACCACAGUGCGGAGGAAGGCGGCCUACAGCCAGCCUAAGAAACUCACCACCUUCUUCGGCGUGAUUAUCCCCACCUUACUGUCUAUGUUCAGCGUCGUGGUCUUCUUACGAAUAGGGUUUGUGGUGGGUCAGUGUGGCCUGUACCAGGCCAUUGCAAUGUUUAUUGUGGCCUAUUUCAUCAUCAGCAUGACUGUCCUCUCCUUAUGCGCCAUCUCUACCAAUGGAGCUCUUGACGCUGGAGGAGCCUACUAUAUGAUCAGCCGAGCUCUAGGCCCCGAGUUUGGAGGCAGCAUUGGCAUCAUGUGUUUCUUGGCCAAUGUGUGCGGCAGUGCCCUCUAUGUGCUUGGCCUGGUAGAGGCCGUGCUCGCAAUCUUCGGUGUCCCUGAAGAUGGUUCUUUGCCGAGCUCCAAGUACGCCGUGAUGCCCGUGGGCUACUGGUGGUCCCUGCUGUAUGCCACGGUCAUCCUGUUGGUGUGUCUGCUGGUGUGCCUGGUGGGGGCGCACAUCUACUCCAGAGCCACCUUCCUCAUCUUCCUGGUGGUCAUGCUGGUGCUGGCCACCAUCUUCAUCAGCUUCUUCGCCGUGAGGCCGCACACCGUGGAUCUGCCCAGACCCUUCGCCAACAGCAGCUUUGCACAAGCUGCCGCCAACUUCACCGGCUUUAAAUUGGACACUCUACUCGGAAACCUCCAGGCUGAUUACACAGUGGAUUACACCACAGGAACGAUGAUGACGUUCGCUACAGUGUUUGCUGUGAUGUUUAAUGGCUGUACAGGAAUCAUGGCUGGCUCCAACAUGUCUGGUGACCUGAAAAACCCCAGCUACUCCAUCCCUCGUGGAACCAUCACUGCCGUCAUCUUCACCUUCAUCGUGUAUAACCUGCUCAGUUUACUGGUGGCCUGUACCUGUGACAGGGUCCUUUUACAGAGAGACUACAGUUUCCUGAGGGACAUCAACGUGUGGCAUCCAUUCGUUCCUAUUGGCAUCUACUCCUCCACGUUAUCUGCAGCCAUGAGCACUCUGAUCGGAGCCUCACGCAUCCUCUACGCCCUCGCCAAGGACGACCUGUUCGGUACAGUCUUGUCUCCUGCUAAGAAGACUUCAAGCGGUGGGAAUCCCUGGGUCUCUGUGCUCAUCUCCUGGUUCCUCGUGCAGCUGGUGUUGUUCUCUGGGAAGCUGAACACCAUAGCCAGUAUAGUGACCAUCUUCUUCCUGCUGGUCUAUGCUGCUGUGGACCUGGCCUGCCUGGCUCUAGAGUGGGCUUCAGCCCCGAACUUCAGGCCUACGUUUCGGUACUUUACCUGGCAUACAUGUGUGCUGGGAAUUGUGGGCUGUGCGGUGAUGAUGUUCCUCAUUAAUCCCAUCUAUGCAUCUGCCAGCAUCGCCUUCAUGUUACUGCUAUUACUAGUCAUCCACUACCUGAGUCCUACCAGCAGCUGGGGUUAUAUCAGCCAAGCACUUAUAUUCCACCAGGUGCGCAAGUAUCUGCUGAUGCUGGACGUGCGUAAGGAUCAUGUGAAGUUCUGGAGGCCCCAGGUGCUGCUGAUGGUAGCUAACCCUCGGGCUAGCGUCGGCCUCGUCACCUUCAUCAACGACAUCAAGAAGAGCGGCCUGUACGUGCUCGGUCACGUGCAGAUUGGAGAACUGGCAAUCCUCCCUUCUGAUCCCCUACAGUCUCAGUAUGAUUCCUGGUUGUCUCUGGUGGAUCAUCUGAACAUUAAAGCAUUCGUUAAUCUCACUCUGUCUGACUCUGUACGACACGGUGUACAACACCUCCUCUUCAUCUCUGGACUCGGCGGGAUGAGACCCAACACGUUGGUCCUGGGUUUCUACGAUGAUGUCCUUCCUCAGGACCAGCUCCAGGACCGCUCCUUUCUCGCGAGCAGACUCGCAGGCAGACCCGCGGACGACGCAGCCUCGUCCGAGGACCAGGAAGACCCCCUCUUCCACUUCCCGCCCCUGAGAGGUGGUGGCACGUGGGAGGGUGGGGCCCAGCCAAGCCAGCCCUGCGGAGGCAAGGCCCUGGGUGCCCAGGAGUAUGUCUGCAUCAUCGCCGACACGGUGAAGAUGCUGAAGAACGUAGCUCUGGCGCGCUACUUCUGCCAGUUCGAGCGCGCGUGCGCCCGCCAAGGGCCCGUGUUCGUGGACGUGUGGCCCGUCAAUCUGCUGCGGCCCGACAGCAGCUCCUACGUAGACACCUGCUCCCUCUUCCUGCUGCAGCUGGCCUGCAUCCUCAACAUGACCCGGGCGUGGCAGAAGGCCAAGCUCCGCCUCUUCCUCUGCGUGGAGGCGGGGCGGAGCGUGAAGGGGGCGGGGCUGAAGCUGAGGCUGCUCCUGAAAGAGCUGCGGAUGAAGGCGGAGAUUCACACCGUCUCCUGGGACGCGCAGGUGGCGCUGCACUGGCAGAGGCAGGGGGGCAUGGCAGAGAAAGGAGAGAGGGAGGGGGGAGACUUGGAGGAGGAAGCGGAAAAGGAGGAGUACGUAAACAGCUACCCCAGCAACACCAUGCGCCUGUCGGACGAGUAUUUGCAUGCUGUUAAUAAGCUCAUUCUCGAGCAGCCCUGCCAGCCUCCAGCUGUGCGUUUCCUGUACUUACCCCGCCCCCCUGCAGACACGAGCCGCUACCACGACUACCUGCACCAGCUGGAACUGCUGAGUCGUGACCUUGGGCCAACGCUGCUGAUCCACGGGGUCACGCCUGUCAUCACCACUGACCUUUGACCUGGGACUAAAUCAAGGAUGGAAUAAACACUCCCCUGUUUGUGCUCUCCUAACGGGUGUGGAUAAAAAAAAAAAAAAAAUGUAAAGGUCUUUCUAGCCCAAUACUAAGCUCUUUCAAAUUCACUCAAUAGAAUUGGGGGAGUAGCUACAGGGCAGAUUGCAAAGGCAAACUUUUUCAUCUCUUUCUACAUUUUUCAUUCAUUCCUUUUGCUUUUUGUUUACAAUUUAUGGAUGUUUUUGUGCCAAUUUUGGAGCUCUGACACUUGAUCAUUCCUUUCCAUCAGCAAGAGAGACAGACAGAUUGAGAAAAGAGAGCGACAGAGAGACAGAAAUGGAUGACUAUGCAAAGACUAGCAGAAUACUGGUCUAUAAAGACAGAUCUUGAUCAGGGAUACUAACCUUUGGCCUCCUUUUAAGUCCCUAGCAUAUAUUAUAAAUAUUUGAUGUGGACAUCAGUCAGUGACCUCUUUUGAACCCUGCUUCUUGUUUCAUUAAUUCUUCUCUUAGAAACAUACCAUCAUUUAGCCAAUAUAUUGUAUAAAUAAUCACCAUAUGAUUUAUUUAGAAAUUCUGUUUUGACGUUCCAGUCAAAAACUGUCAGCGUGUCUCCAGCAGUGGGUGAUGCAGAAUACACUGCGCAUCUGGUCCAAAGUGCACUUAUAUGGUACAUGUUUUCUUUUUUUGCUGUAAUGAGGGCUUUUGGAUUAAAGGCCCAGAGGUGGUCCCACUGGCUGUGCAGGUCUUGGGAGGUGGGUCUGGAGACCCAGACCAAGCCGCCUUACACGAGUACCACAGCCGCCUGAGGCAGGGGGACCCAUUGUCACUUUGAGGGGAUUUAAAGUUUUCUUCACGUUACGUUGUUAGCACCUGACUACGCCACACUGAUUUGCACAUGAGUGUUAAAGGUGCAGCUAUUACACGGUUAAACGUUGGAAACUCCACCUCUCCCACAUCACAGAGCAGGGUCACUCAGAGUAAAACCUUUCUUGAAUUCAGACCCAAGACUAUAGAAUUACAAGUUUUGUGCACAUAGUGUUCUACGUUUCCAGCUUCUUCUUUUUUUGAUCCGUCUCCUUUGAAGCUGACCAAAAAUGUUUGAAAUCGUGGUAAAAAUGAACUUUUUAUUUAAUAGUAGUAAUGGUGGUGAUACUACUACUACUACUACUACUACUAAUAAUAAUAAUAAUCAUAAUAAUAAUAUUAUUAUUAUUAGCUCAUACUCAUUUGCUGAGAAUUGCAGAAACAAGGAACAAGAACAGUCUAUAUGAAAUUUGGUGCUGACACAAAACUAAUUGUGAAUAGCUAAAUAAUAUAGCAAAAAGCAAUUAGCCUGUAGUGUAUAUCAAUCACAUUUAUCCUUUUGAAAUGCAUGUAAAAUAAAAAGAAGUGAAUAAAUAAAAUCUGACAGAUUAUCAUUAAUCUGAGCAUGUUGCCAUCUGGAUUGAUAACUUGUCCUUUUAAAUGAUCACAAGUUCUCCUUAGAUUAUACCUAACCAGAGUGGAGGUAUUCAACUCCAGACUCAGAAUUCCAAUCCAGUCCUGGAUUUGCUAAUCACUGUGGGGUAAUUUGAUGUUGAAGAUCAUGGGUAUUUCCAGGACCAGUUUCUGAUUGGAGGGCCAGGCUAGGACUUCUGCUGUGGAGCAUGGGUCGCCUCUGAAUGCCAAGUUGUAUUUUGUACAUGACUUUAGAGAAGAGGAAAGUUGAGACAGUGUUUCGGUCUGUUCUCGUGUAAGCUAUAGAUGCAGUCCCUACCGGGUGUAACCUUUUGGAGGCACCCUGGAGGCCAUCAGCUUCACGCAUCGCGAGGCCUUUAAUGCCAUUAACAGUGGUCGUGAGUGUUAUGUAUUGGUGUAGUUCAUGUUCGAUUGACUGCAUUGCAGCUCACUUUGAUGGAGACCAAGAGCUCUUGCUUGGUUUCUUUUCCGCUAAUGAUGACCUGUGGUGUUUGUGCCAUUCAGCUCUUGAAGAGAUGUGCUAGUAGGGCACUCCUCUUAAAGGCCAUAGAGUUUAAACAGACCAGAUAACAGGCUGAAACUCCUGCUCUACUCAUAGCCUCCUGAAGCCGAACUCCACAUGGUCAGGGCUGUGCGUUCUUAAAUAACAGGGACCUUUGUUUUUCAUGUCUCUUCUGGAUAUUAGGUGCACAGGGUCAAUCGAAAGAUUUGGGGAGAAACUCCUCUUAGUCGAGAAUGUGAAAUAUUGAUUUCUUGGGAUGGGAAUAAUCUGGUUCUUCCCCAUGAAAGAUGUCGUCAGCCACGGUGAGUGGAGUAUGUGAGAGGUGACACACAUGCAGAAGAAAUUUGUAGAUAGUGCUGGGAUUGUGGGUGUAACAGAUGGGCAGGCCAGAGUCCACAUGAGCGAUGACCGGUGGUGAUCCUGACCAUACUCAAGGUCAGGAAGACCCAGCUAAGCAAGUAUGUGGUGGCAGGCUGGGUGUUGGCAAGGCGCGUUUAUCCUGUAAAAAAUUGAUUGAUAACUAGUUGCUUAAAACCCCUCUCGAAUGUCUUGCAGUAAAAUGAUCGAUUAUAAAACCAAAGUGCAAUGGGGGUGGGGGGGGCUGUGUGCGCGUGUGCAAGCAGGUGCGUGUAUUACCUCCAAUAUUAAUAGAUAGUUAUUCUUACCCUCUUGACUACCACAUCACCUCUGCUUCUAAAGGGAUGCCUAUAGAGAUGAGACAUUUCCAUGUACAUUGGCUCACUCCAAUGGGAUUGGGUGGGCUUUUUGGUGGGCUAUUUGCUUAUUUUUUGCUUUUGGAAGAUGAUUUGUGCAAAGUAUUUAUUAAAAUUUUCAUAUUUG